CGGCUGUUUGACUCCCGCAGCGGACUGUUAAGUGGGAAAAUGAGCUCGACCAAACCGUGUUUUAGCGGAUAGGUCUUCACACCUUUUAUCAACAGAAUAAAGGUUAUCGGUACCAAGAGCGGAUAAAUAUUUUCUACCAUUUAAGAGCAAUUUCAUAUGAAACACAUUUUCCCUUGAGCGGGUUGCAUUUUAUCGCACGGGCUAACGUCAGCUAUAGCAGCUCGUUUCCUUUAGCUUGGUAGCAAGCCUUCUAUCACACGUAGCUAGUUAGCUGCAACAAUGGAUAAAGCCAAAUCAAUUAUCGAUAAAAAAGGGUCGGGAUCGUGUUAUGCCAACGGACUGCAAAGGGGGUUUCAUUCUCAGGCUAACAACGGUGGAUGCAAUGCAUACAAAUCAAGUGGAAACUGUAGUGGUGCUAGUAGCAAUGUUGAACACUUCCAUCAUCUGCAUACCUAUGAUGUCGAAGCCAAUGGGUCCUCUCCUGCGAAAAGAUGCAGGUUACGAAGAAGAGUUGAAUCAGUGAAGAGGAACAGGCCACCCUUCCCCUGGUUCGGGAUGGACAUCGGCGGUACUCUGGUGAAGCUGGUCUACUUCGAGCCCAAGGACAUCACGGCGGAGGAGGAGCAGGAAGAGGUGGAGAGCCUGAAGAGCAUCCGUCGCUACCUGACCUCCAACACGGCGUACGGGAAGACGGGAGUCCGAGACGUUCACCUGGAGCUGAAGAACCUGACCAUGUGCGGCCGGACGGGCAACCUGCACUUCAUCCGCUUCCCCACGCAGGCCAUGCACCGCUUCAUCCAGAUGGGCCGGGACAAGAACUUCUCCAGCCUCCACACCACGCUCUGCGCCACUGGCGGCGGGGCCUACAAGUUUGAGAAUGACUUCAGAACGAUGGCUGAUUUAGAGCUGUUGAAGCUGGAUGAGCUUGACUGUCUGAUUCGUGGCCUGCUCUACGUGGACUCCGUGAGCUUCAACGGUCACCCUCAGUGUUACUACUUGGAGAACCCGUCAGACACCCAGAACAGUGUGAAGACCCCGUGCAGUCUGGCCGACCCGUUCCCUAUGCUGCUGGUCAACAUUGGAUCUGGGGUUAGCAUCCUGGCUGUGUACUCCAAAGAUGACUACAAACGGGUCACCGGUACCAGUCUUGGUGGGGGAACAUUCCUGGGCCUGUGCUGCUUGCUGACGGGGUGUGAGACGUUUGAAGAGGCGCUGGAUAUGGCUAGCAGAGGGGACAGCAGCAAUGUGGACAAGCUGGUGAAGGAUAUCUACGGAGGAGACUAUGAGCGCUUCAGUCUCCAAGGAUCUGCUGUGGCCUCCAGAAAUGCAGGGGUCUUUUCUAACGGAGCGCUGGCACCGAGGAGCUCAGAGGAAAAAAGCUUUGGCCACAUGAUGAGCAAGGAGAAACGAGACUCCAUCAGCAAAGAGGACCUGGCCCGGGCUACGCUAGUCACCAUCACCAAUAACAUAGGUUCCAUUGCACGCAUGUGUGCCGUCAACGAGAAAAUUGAGAGAGUUGUGUUUGUUGGGAAUUUCUUACGGAUCAACACCAUUUCAACUAAGCUGCUGGCCUACGCCAUGGACUUCUGGUCAAAGGGGCAACUGAAGGCCCUGUUCUUAGAACACGAGGGCUAUUUUGGAGCGGUUGGGGCCUUACUGGAGCUUCUAACGUCGUCUGAGGAGCCGUGAAGAGAUGCCCCCCGUGUCGUCUCUAUAGAAGCUGCUGAAAAGGUUUUCACGGAAGCCACCACAGGAAACUGGAGAAAAAAAACUGGGGGAAAAGCCAUUUUAAAUAAUUUUAACAACUGUAAAUAUCAUUUAACUCCCUCCCCCUAAACUCCCCUCAAAUAGAGGUUUUUAAUAAAACUAAUGCCUCAUGUCAUGGACCCUGGGUGGCAGGUAAAUGCUAAGGAUCACAGAGACGGUGUUCGUUUUUGGCACUUUGUGUAAAUACCUAUUUGUGCAGUUCUAGAGUGCACUAAAGCCAAAACCUGCUGAGAUUUGACCUGUGUUGACAGUCGAGUUACGUCUGAGGUAUAGAGGAAAAUUAGCUUAUGUUAUGUUCUGUCCAGCUAUGUAAAAACGUCUGACAGUGGGAAAGGGUUUAGUUUCAUUCGUAUUAAAUGAAGGGACCAAGAGGCUGUUUCAUCAUCAUUGACCGGCCCUUUAAUUCAGCGGGUCACAACAAGGGUCCACUUUCCUCUGUCGCCAUCAUCAUAGCUUUAAUUAUCACAGCAUGGUUAACAGUAAUGGGGUGUUUUAAAAACCACUGGUUCACCAACCUCCUCAAACUCUCUUUUAGUGAUGGAGUUCUGUGAUCUGCUAGUACGUCAGUCACUUUUCAAGAGAUGUCAUGAUCUUGAUACUUUGGUUGUUUUGAGAUGCUGAACUAUGAGUGUGCCUUUCUCACUAAGAAAGUGCCCUCUCCUCUCCUAACCCUGGCCCAUGACGACACCCACUCUACAGCCAGUCAUGCUGCAGAAUCGCCUAGUGUUUGAAUUGCCUAGUAAGGACUUUUUGAUGUUUUUAUCUAUUGUAGUUGUAAGAAUGGUACAGAACUACUGCCAGCAGUUAGUCUAUAUAGGGAUUUAAGAUAUUUUCUCUUCCUGUGUCUGUGGGAGUUCUUCUCCCAGUGCAAAGGCUCCAUUACCUGCAGUUUGGACAGGAAGUCUCUCUUUUGGCCCCCAAAGUAAUUCCCAUAGCUGCUAUGAGUUUUCUUGUUUAAGUCAUCAGUUAAAGCUAUUCAAUGUGAAUGUGCUUGUAGCUAGAAGAUUGAAGGACCAUCACACUAGACAUGUAUUACCUGUUGGCCUAGGUAUUUCAAACGGUAGCAUUAACUGAGCAGCAAGUAGUCAAAGAAACAUAAAUGUAUUGCAUCCAUCAAACUUCUAUCAUAAUGACCUCCAUAAAAUGUUGCAUAAAAAUUGCUUUGGCACCUCCUCCAGUUAGAAUAAUACCGUUGCAUCCAAUGUCUCAACCUUUGGUAUUAUGACAUCACAGAAUGUUCUGUUCUGUUUGUGUUUUUCCUUACUUUGCUCCAUGUUGGUUAAUGGUCUCAUCCUGUCAGGUGCCACUCUGUUGUCAAACUGGGGAACAGUUCACUUACUGGCUACUCGGUGCCACCCUCUUCUCGACUCAACCCAAUUUGUUGCCUUUGUGGUGUUUUUUAGUGGAACUAAACUGAACAAAAAUAUAAAUGCAACGUGUAAAGUGUUAGUCGCAUGCUGAAAUAAAAGAUCCCCAACAUUU